GAGAGGUCACAAAGCUACAGAACCAUUUGCGACUCCUCCGUGAAGAGUAUGUCAAGUUGCAGAAACGUCUCGCAGAUGUUGAGAGGAAAUACCAAGUUCUGUCAGCAUCUUCCGGUCAGAGUGGCGACAAUAAUUUUGUUACGAAACUUCUUCACACAGUUGCAGAUCUGUUUGAUAAACAACUUUACAGUGAUCUGACAAUACAAUUGGAAGGUGGCAGACAACUGUUUGGACACAGGUUUGUGUUGGCAGCUCGUAGUGACCACUGGGGAGUUGAUGACCUGUCAAAAGUGUCAGAUCUGGACUUUUCAGAUAUAAAAUAUAAUGUAUCAUACGCCUUGAUGAAAUGGGUGUAUACAGAUGACAUCAACAUUGAAUCAGAUAGUGGAUUCUUGUUAGAACUGUUACGUGCAGCGACCAGAUUCAAACUAGAGCAUCUACGGCAGAGGUGCGAGAGCGGACUUAUGUCGUACGUCAACAUGAAGAACUGUAUACAAUUUUAUCAGACAGCUGAAGAGAUGGACGCUGAAUUGUUGAAGAGCCAUUGUUCCGAACUUAUAUCUAACCACUGGAAUGACUUUACAAGCGAGGAUUUUGUGUCAAUGCCAGCACCGCUGUUAUACAAAAUGUUUAAAGCAAAAUCAGACUAUCCUCUACAUACAGCUAUACGUGCCAAAAGAGAGGAUGUUGUUUUCUUGUAUCUUAUAGAAUAUGAUUCACAGUUGAGCAUAAAGUUGAAUGAGGUGGACAACCAGGGAGAUCUGCCACUAGAUCUUGCUCUGAAAUCUAAACAGGAAAGUGUGGCACAGACUCUGGUUGGACAUGGUGUAAACUGUAGCAAUAAAGAUAAUGCUGGGAGGAGUCUACUUCAUAAAGCAAUUAAAAGAGGGGACGAGUUUUCCGCAAGUUUUCUGAUAAAGAAUAAAGCAGAUGUGAACAUGACCACACAUCUGGACAAAGAGACCGCACUACACAUGACGGCAUGUUUCAGUCCUGAUGUUACGAGUCCAGAAAUAAUGUCGGGCAUGGCAAGAAUUGCGGAACUUCUGUUAAAUAAUGGUGCGCAAGUUAAUGCUCAGGAUACGGCGGGAAGCACCCCACUUCAUAGUGCAAUAUUCUGUAAAAACAAACCAGUAUUUAAAGUAUUACUGCAAGAAGGAAAACCAAACCUAGAACUGAAAAAUGCUGAUGGUCAUACUGUCUUAUGGCUUGCGUUACAAGAGGGCGAGUCAGUAGAUGGAAGGACAGAAGAUAUCUAUAAUGAGGAAAGUUUUGCCGCUCAGUUAUUGAAACAUGGCAGUGAUCCAAAUGCUACUGAACCUGAAUCAGGUGAUACAGUUCUACAUUCUGCAGCAAGAUCUGGUAAUGAGAAGGCAGCAAUAUUCCUUGCUCUCCAUGGUGCCAAACCUGGCCUGGCUAAUCAUAAGGGUGAAACCCCAUUACACAUUGCCUGUGAAAAAAGCCUUACAAAUCUGGUUGUUGUUCUACUAGACAAGGGAAGUAAUCCAAAUGCACAGACAGUAAAAAUAGAGACCUCUGGUGGCAGCUUGACUUCAGAUUUACUGUCAGAAAAUGACACAGUGCCAGUCUCUCAGCAGACUCCACUUCACCUAGCCUUGUUAAAUGGACAUAGUGAUAUAGUUAAUGUCUUCCUCCAAUUUAAAUUGGAAGCUGCUCAGAGCUUGGACAACAAAAUAAUCCCAAACUUCAAUAUCAAAGACUCUGAUGGGCAGACCGUUCUUGGUCUUGCAUUGUGGAGCCAUCUAUAUGAGGAGGCGGGGAAAUUGUUGGGGGCGGGAGCGAAUAUUAAUGAGAAGAACACGGAAGGUCUUACUCUACUUCAUCAGGCAAUUGAUAAACAAGACAUCUCUGGGGCAUUGUUUUUAAUAGAACAUCAAGCAGAUCUGACUAUCAAAACAAUGGAAAAUGAAACUCCAUUACAACACGCAAUAAAGCGCCACCUACCUGUGGUUGUAGAGGUUCUCUGUCAACGUGGCGUGGAUAUGAACAUAACAGACAACAACAACAACUGUCCGUUGUGGCAAGCCUUAGAUUCAGGACAAGAAGAUAUAGCCCAUACCUUGGUAAAACAUGGCUGUGAUGUAGAUCUGUGGUUGUCCGGUCCUGGAAACUGUCAACAAACAUUGUUACACCGAGCCAUCGAUGAAAACAAUGAAUCUGUAGCGUGCUUCCUUAUUAGAAGUCACUGUGAUAAAAACAGUCCUCGAAGACCAGGACCUGAUGGUGAAGGUGGGGAUGAGGCAAGAGAUGGACAAACACCUUUGCAUUUAUCAUGUGCCUGGGGACUGGAAAUGGUUGUACAAUGUCUUAUGGAGUUUGGUGCCGAAGUGAAUACUCAGGAUGUGGAUGGAAAAACACCAGUCCAUAUUGCCAUAGAAAAUCAGCAUACUGUGAUAAUCUCCCUUUUACUCUCACAUCCAAAUCUUGAUCUUAACUUACGAGACAAGAAUGGACUCACCCCAUUUGCAGCUGCCAUGACAACUAAGAAUAAUAAAGCGGCACAGUCUAUUUUAAAUAGGGAGCCGAAAGCCGCAGAACAAGUAGACAAUAGAGGUAGAAAUUUCUUACAUGUAGCCAUAAUGAGCAAAGACAUUGAAAGUGUACUGUUCUUAAUAAGUGUUCACGCUAACGUUAAUUCUCGUGUACAAGAUUCCAAACAUUUAUCUCCGUUACAUCUAGCUGUAGACGUCGGCACUGAAAUCAUUGUUCGAAAUCUAUUAUUAGCUGGUGCGGAUGUUAAUGCCAAGACGAAUAAUAAACAAACGGUGUUACAUAUAGCGGCCAGUAAAGAUCAUUCUGUAAUUUGUACAAUAUUAUUGGAGAAUGGCGUGGACUUUGAUGCUGUUGAUGACAACUUAGAUAAUGCCCUACAUUUAGCUGUAAAGAAUGGAAACUUGAACAGUGUGCGUGUCUUACUAACAGAAUCUAGUAUUAAUGCUGAAGCUGUAAAUGCCAAAGGUCAGAAUCCACUGCAUGUUCUUGGUCAGUAUGGAAGAGACAAUGCUGCUGCAAUAUUUGAACUGUUUAAAGAAAGUAUGCCAGACUAUCCCAUUGCUAAACCAGACGUGGAAGGAAAUACAGUAUUGUUGUUGGCAUACAUGAAUGGUAACGGGAACUUGUGUAGGGCACUAGUGCGAGCGGGAUCUCCAUUAGGAGAUGUCAAUAAACAAGGACUGAGUGUGUUCAAUGCACCAGUAGCAACCAAACAGCUGCUGUUUAAACUUUUAGAUAUGUUGUCAAAGGAACCACCUUGGAGUGAUGGUGAAGUUUGUUUAGAGUGUACUACUAAAUUUAGCAUCAAAACUAGAAAACAUAUUGGUCGGCACUGUGGCCGCUUAUUGUGUUCCAAAUGCUCUGCAAAAGAUAUGCCAAUAGUGAAAUACAACCUGUCAAAGCCUGUACGAGUUUGUGACGUCUGCUUCGAUGUACUCUCACUGGGAGGGGCAUUUUGAAUGGGCGUAAUCAACUUUUCUAUAAAUAACUUUCAUAAAUGAAUGACAUUUGAUUCUCUGUCUUGGAGAGACCUCAAUUCAAAAAGGAUUUUGAUUGGACAAGAAGUCACAUUCUGCUUCCAAAUCCUGUUUUCUAACAGGACAUGUGAUUAGAAGUAAUGCUAUAACAUUCUGACUAUGGGGGAAAAAAAGACUUGAUUGGAUAAUUGUGAUGUCACAUGUUAAUUGGUUUAAAGUUAACUAAACCUGUGUAGUUUUGUCUAUGGUUCAUAUAGAAAGUUGCCUUUUGGUAAUUUUGAAAACUUAGUGGGAACUAAAAAGUGAUUUUGCUUCCAGUUUGAGCUGUUGUUUGAUAUAUUUUAAUCCAGCAGAACUAAUCUAAUAUCUUGAGGGUUUGGUGCAGAAUUGUUAUAUUUCCUUCUUUAAUCCCAUAUGAAUUGUAACCAUUAUUCACCAAACCCUCAUUUUUUGUUCAGCUGAAUUUAUAAGUACAAUGUAUUAAAGGCAGCUUUUAGAGAAUUGAGUGACUUAUAAUAUCACAUUUCUUUUAAUAACAUUGUAUUAGGGAUCAGUCAUUAAUCUUAAAUGGGAUCCCUCUUUAAUUUUAUGUGCAGAUUUGUUAUGUUUGAUACUUUCGUGGUGAAAAAGUAGAAAAAAAUGUUGUUAUCAUAUUCCCUU